AUGGAUGCAAUCGUACCCAUCACUCCGAAAUCAUCGGCUUAUCAUAUGUACAUUCUGGCAGCCACAGAUUCCUUCUCAAAGUGGGCAGAUGCGGUACCGCUCAAAGAAAAAAGAAAAGAAAAUGUUGUCGACUUCAUUACGGGAAGCAUUAUACAACGCUAUGGUAUACCGCGAUGCAUCAUCACAGACAACGCUAAGUACUUCUUGAAUAUCGCAACAGAAAAGUUGAGCAAGAAAUUCUACUUCAAGCUUCACUUCUCUUCGAUGUACAACGCUCCGACAAAUGGUUUGGCAGAAGCAUUCAAUAAAACGCUUUGUAACAUUCUGAAGAAAACUGUCAGCAAGAAACAGAAAGAUUGGCAUGAGAAAUUGGGUGAAGCUCUCUGGGCUUAUAGAACGACCUAUCAGACAGCCACAAAUGCUACACCUUAUUCUCUCGUCUAUGGUGUCAAAGCCAUGUUACCAUUAGAGACAGAAAUUACAUCAUUGAGAAUCACUUUGCAAGAAGACCCAUCAUUAUGGCGCACAAGACUGACCCCAGAUUCAAGUCAAAGUGGUAUGGUUGUUACGUCGUCAGAGAAGUAUACACCAAUGCAGCUUACAAAAUUAUGGCGGAAGACGGUUUGA